AUGCCCACCCAGCUAGAGAUGGCCUUGGACACCAUGCUUAGAAUCUUCCACCAGUACUCUUGCAAGGAAGGGGACAGAUUCAAGCUCAGCAAAGGGGAACUGAAGAUGCUCCUGCAGUGAGAGCUCACGGACUUCCUCUCAGUACAAAAAAGUUCCCCAGAUAUUGAUAAGAUAAUGCUGGACCUGGAUGCCAAUAAGGACAACAAAGUGGAUUUUAAUGAAUUCGUGAUCAUGGUGGCAGCUCUGACAGUUGCUUGUAAUCAUUACUUUGUAGAACAAUUGAAAAAGAAAGGAAAGAUAAGUAGUAAGCUAAUCUAA